CGACGCUGCUGCUGCUGCUGGUGGGGGGAGUGGGAGAAGCGGCGGAUAGCUCCGCGCGCCAACGCUGAAGCCACUACGACUGCCGCCGUCGCCGUGCGCUCAAGUGGCGAGGAGGAGGAGGAGGUGGUGGUGGUGGUUCGUGUCGGGAUGGGCGGCACAGGCAGCUCGGAGCCUCCUGUCGGCGGCAAAGGGGCCUCCGGGGGCGGUGAGUGACACCUCUGGGCUUGCGCUGGAGUGCUGCUGGUGGUGCCUGCUGGUGGUGGUUGGUGGUGCUGGUGGUUGUGGAUGGGAGUGGCUAGAGAGUCGAGAGGCGUGCGGAGGGAAUUGUCUCAAGACGCGGGGCUGUUUGUAGAGACGCGGAGACACUAACGCGAGGAAGCUCCGGUGACACGAGGAGACCGCGGAGACACGGGGAGACACGUGGAGACACGGGGAAAUCUGUCGGAAUUCGCCACUGAGACGGGGACUCGUUGCUGUACCCACGGCCGCCGCGCAUCGGAGUCGAACCGGGAACUUUCGCUCCGUCUCUCUGUCUCGAUAAUAUCAACCAACGGGACCACAACUACAGUCGCGACAGCAGCAGUCAUCGUUUAUAUAUAAAACAAAGCACCAUCAUCAUCAACAGCAGAAUAACAACAACAACCAUCAUCAUCAUCAGUGUCGGCAGCAGCAGCAGCAACAGCAGCCGUAUCAAUAUCAACAACAGCGGUAACAACAUCACCAUCAAAUUCAUAAGCAGCAUCUGCAGCAUUCUCAGACCAGGUCACUAUCACCACCACCACCAUCAGCACCACCAUCAGCACCACCACCAUCAGCAGCACCACCACCAUCACCACCACCAUCACCAGCACCAUCAUCAUCAUCACCACCAUCAGCAGUAGCAGCAUCACCACCACCACCAGCACCACCACCACCAUCAGCAGCAGCAACAGCCCCGUCCGCGCCACCAGCGAUGCGCCCGCUCAACACGUGCGCCGCGAGACAGCCGCGCCGCGGACUCGACACCUGAAAUCCGUGGUAGUCCCCCCACCACCCCCACCACCCCACCACCCCCCACGCUGUGCCAUGCCGGUCCCACACCGCGACUACGAGAGGCGCGGCUCAGGGAGCCCGGCUGCCGCGGGCCGCGUCGGAUUCCGGGCAGCCCUGGUCGAGAAGGACGGUGGAGGUGGAGGAAGAGGUGGUGGUGGUGAUGGAGGAGGAGGAGUAGGCGACGGGGUCGGAGGAGGAGGUGGUGGGAGCUUCGGCCGCGACGACGUUGACUCUCUGCUGGGGCUGCAGUCGUCCGGGGGUCCCGGGGGGGGUCCUGGGGGAGCCGCGGGGGCUCCGGGGCUCCAAGGGGACCCCUUGUCGGGGAUGGCGAUGCGCGUGCGAAGCGGGAGGCACCAGCCGCGUCGUGCCCCGGGCUACCGGCGUCUGCAGAACGUGCUCUACAACCUGCUGGAGAGACCCCGCGGGUGGGCCUUCAUCUACCACGCCUGCGUGUUCGUCCUGGUGCUGAGCUGCCUGGUGCUAUCCGUGUUCUCCACCAUCCAGACGUACCAGGACGCCGCCUCCAAGGCAGUGCUGCUGCUGGAGUACAUCAUGAUCGGGGUGUUUGGCCUUGAGUACUUCGCCCGCAUCUGGGCGGCCGGCUGCUGCUGCCGCUACCGGGGAUGGAGGGGACGAUGCCGCUUCGCGCGGAAGCCGUUCUGCGUCAUCGACAUCAUCGUGCUGAUCGCAUCGCUGGCCGUGAUCAUCGCCGGCACCCAGGGCAACGUGUUCGCCACGUCGGCGCUGCGCUCCCUGCGCUUUCUGCAGAUCCUGCGCAUGGUUCGCAUGGACCGGCGCGGCGGCACCUGGCGGCUGCUGGGCUCCGUGGUGUACGCACACAGCAAGGAGCUGAUCACGGCGUGGUACAUCGGCUUCCUGGUGCUCAUCUUCUCCUCCUUCCUCGUCUACCUCCUCGAGAAGGACGAGGACAACAAGUACUUCGAGACGUAUGCCGACGCGCUCUGGUGGGGCACGGUGACGCUCACCACCAUCGGCUACGGGGAUAAGUACCCGGUGACGUGGGGGGGGCGGCUCUUGGCGGCCGCUUUCGCCAUCAUCGGCAUCUCCUUCUUCGCGCUGCCCGCCGGCAUUCUGGGCUCAGGCUUUGCCCUCAAGGUGCAGGAGCAGCACAGACAGAAGCACUUUGAGAAGAGACGGAGCCCAGCAGCAGGCCUCAUACAGGCAGCGUGGAGGAUCCACGCCACGGACCCGUCCCGCGUGGACCUCACCUCCACGUGGAGAUUCUACUACGAGUGCAUCCCGUCGCUAAGGCAGAAGCUUUCCCUCCGCGAGCGACUGUCCAGCCCGGUCACGCAGCUCAUGAGGAGUCGACCUAACGCCGGGCCCAGCGGCGGCUGCUCCGGCUCCCUCACGCAGCCCGGCGGCGGCGGCGGCGGCACGACCGGUUCCCCCGGCGGGCACGGCCCCGACAGCAACGGGCCCGGCACGGCGGCGGGGGCCGUGACGGUGGACGCCGUGCGCUCCGGGUACAGCUCCCCCGCGGGGCCCGGCAGCGACGCCCCCUCGCCCGCCGCCCGCGUGCCCAAGUCGCGCUCGUUCAGCGAGCGGGCGCGCCUGCGCACGUCGCUGCGCAGCGUCCUGCACCACCGCGUCGGCACCGAGGGUGCGCUCGCCGACGACAUGUUUAGCGAGGUGGGGCUGCCGGGAGACGUCACCCGGGAGAACUUUGAGCCCGUCGUCAAGAACGGCAUCCGAGCCAUCAGGGUGAUGAAGUUCCUCGUCGCGAAGAAGAAAUUCAAGGAGACGUUGAGGCCGUAUGACGUGAAGGACGUCAUCGAGCAGUACUCGGCAGGGCACCUCGACAUGCUGGGCAGAGUCAAGAGCCUGCAGGCCCGGGUCGACCAGAUCCUGGGCGUGAGGACCCACUCGGGGCCUGUGGAGCGGAGGGGCCGCGACCGCGGGGCGGGCCCCGAGGCGGAUGUGCCGUGUGACGAGCUCAGCCUGCUGGGCCGCGUGGCGCGCGUCGAGAAGCACGUCCAGGCGAUCGAGCAGAAGCUGGACAUUCUGGUCGACCUCCACCGCCGCAUCCUUGCCGUGCCUCCGGCCGACGACCCCCAGGCGCUGCCGUGGCCCCCUCCUCCCCCGCCGCCCCCUCCCGCCCGGGCGCCGACCGAGCCGCGGGCGCUGGCCUACGACCUCGAAACGACCGCUCCGAUUGCGGCUCCGACCGUCGUCGCCGCCGCCGCCGACAACGACCACGGUUACUUCUCGGCGCCCAAACCCACGUCGACGUUCGUGCGUCUCGCCGACCGCGGGGAGCCUCCGCCGCCGCCGCUGCCGCUGCCUUCACCACCGCCCCACGGCAAGCAGCGGUCGCGGUUCGGCGCCAGGCGGGCGCACCCGGCGAGCGAGCCGUCGUCGCGCGUCGACCCGGCGCCGCCGCUGCCGCCGCCGUACUCGUCUUUCGCGGCCGGGGCCUCGCCGUGCGGCCGCGCCGGGGGCCGCAGGUCGACGGCCGAGGGCCGGCGGGGCCGGGCGCACAGCCUCGACUGCCUCGAGCGGGAGAACGGCGUCGGGGUUCCGUCGACGGCGGCGCCGGCGUCGGCAGUCUCGCCGGCGGUGGCGGCGGGCGAGGGCUGGGCGCGUCUGGCGGCGCAGGAGAGCCUGGGCAGCGACGACGCGUCGCUCAGUUGGCAGGACGUGGUGCUCUUCAUCAGCGACGAGGACGCGCAGCACGCGGACGCGGCCAGCGAAUGCGACGCCGACGACGCGGUGGCGGCGGCGGCGGCGGCGGCCGAGAGGCGCUCGGGGCUCGCGUGACACGGCCUCCCCCGGGGGCAAAGGUUAACGGUGGCAGCAGGGUGAGGUGGAGGGUGAAUCGCAGCGCGGGUUGCGGGCGGCUUCUGCCCUGAAGGUGGGCCCUCUGCUGGCGGGGUCGUGGAAACGCCGACCAGAGCUCCGGUCUCGCGUGAAAUUCCCCAACUCCACCCAUCCAAGUCCUCGCAACCCACUGCGGCGCCACUUCUCCACGUUUGAACACUUCCUCGCUCCCCCGCGCGCAUCACCCGAUGAUUGCUAAACAAAUCCCACGUGACAUAGGACACGCGUGGUGACACGUAAAAGAUGUGUUUAUUAAUUGGAAUCGGCACUCGCCAUGUCACGUGGAAUAUGUUUAUAAAUGGUCAGGCACUUGCGGCAUGUCGCAGCUUAAUUUAAACGGAGACCGUCGGUAGAUAUGUGAAGGUGGACUGUGGUGAGCUUAGGAGCACUGGAUCUGAUGCUGCUUCACCCAAAUGGACCCAGACCUGUGCAGGCACCAGGGUACCUCGCAUGCCUCCAUCUGGCAUGGUUGGGCACAAAGGACAAAUGUAUACCUACACAUGUUAGAACCCAUUGAGAUAAACCUGUCUCAGUGACAAGCGUUGCCUGCUGGGGUAAGAAAGAGAGCGCAGCGGUUACAGAAAAACAUGAACAACAAUACAAUUGAUUAUCUUGCAACUUUUCAGUUUAGCAACUUUAUCCAUUACACGUUCACACGGGCAACGUGGCUGGGCUGUUGCUGGCUCGGCGAGUGGCAGUUGAGGCCACUACAGUUUUACGUCUUAACACUGCGGUCCCAGGGAUAUGAUCUCGCCCUUGAACCAGUGGUGUGGAUCCCGAGUUGAUUGAGUCUCUUCAGAGGACAAAUGCUUUUGAUUUCCAACAAAAUGGUACCUGUACUUUUGACCGCCCCAAGGGAAACGAUGGGCUGAGUUGACCCCCGGACGGGAUUUGAACUGGUAACGUUCCAAAUGCAGGGCGAACACACUCGUCGCUUGCACCACCCUGGCGGCUGGCCCGAGUCUCCACUCUCAGCCCGUUUAAUAUUGAACACAGCACGACGCUGCUGACUGUCGGCAAAGAGGCAGAAGCGUUACGGUCCUGUGGCAGGGCCAGGUCUGUCCGUAAUACAGCGACCACUGAUGACAUCUCUACACCAAAUGUUGAGAACUCCCCAGAUAGUGCUCGCCUCAGAAAAAUAAUGAUGGUGGUGGUGAUAAUGGUGAUGAUGGUGGUGAUGGUGAUUAAGGGCUAAGGUGGCUUUGGCUGGGAUUCGAACCUUGCAAUCAUGAUCCUAGUCCUCUUCCAAAUAGACUACGGAGGUUGCAACUCCCAAUCUUGUGUGAUCCACCAAUCCAACGUCCAUAAAUAAAUGUGUGCUCAUGGAACACUACCCAGUCAGCAUUGAUGACUUAUCAACAACAACAACAACAGGCAGCGGAAAUAUUAAUCAAUGAUCAAAGAGGACAUGAACCGUCACAGUGGCAAAGUGGCAACCCAAAGGAACGACUACGAAAGAAUUAAUGAACUGACAAUGGCAUCACAUCAGAGUAACAACAAGUAUUUAAUAACGCGCGACGUAUCAACUUGUAUUUAAGCCGGCGAGGGUUUCGCGGACUGGUGGCGUGGGUCUGCAAGCACGGUUCAUCGAUGCAGACGCAGCGGCGUUGGCCGGCGAUGGGAAAAAAAACGCGGUGAACGAGCGUCGUCACCGCCGCCGCCGCCAUUGCCGUCACGGCCACCGCGGCGUUGAACCGGCGGUUUUCCCAAAGUGCACGCGGUUUUAAACCACGCGCUGUCGGUAUGAAUGUACUGUAACUCGCUGACCUCAUGCAGAUAAUCACGUGUUUAAUAAGGCAGUACAGUGCUGGAAUGAGAGGAAGAAGAAGAAAAAAAAGUUGGGGGAAAAAAUCAACCAAACUAAAAUUGGAGUAAAAAAAUAAAGAUGCGGGCUUUUGUCCGUAGGUAUUCGCAACCCUAAUGCGCACACCGUUACGUCUCGGUGCGUAACUAGUCGGACCCUCACGUUGGACAAUUUUUUGUUCUUUUCAUUCCAGUGCGUGGCUGUCUGUCACACGCGCGUAUCGCUGUACGGGGCAUAUUCAUUGUGCGCUUAAAACGUUUCAAAAGCCAAAAGUGGGGUUUGUUUCAUCGCUGAAAGUGAAAUCUUGUAGACGUACGUCAUGUAUUGGCCAAAUGGGCCUCCUUCCAGAUCAGUGUUACCAGGGGGAUUUAGGUGAACUGAGGCAACUCUGCACUGGUUUCAACUUUAUUGAACGUCUUUAGCGAGGUCUAGACACUUUAAACUGCGCCACUGUAAUGGCAAGGCCAGAGUGGGUCAAAGUAACACAUGUCGGCUUAUAACCGUGGAAUGAUAUUGCAAAUUAACAGACAUAACGUAUGGGUAAUGGUUUAUGUUCUCAAAAAAUACACGCGACAUUACAAGCAAUAGAUGUAGUUGAAUUGAUAAAAGACUUGAGUUUUCAAGGGAUGUUAUAUUAUACAACAACAACAAAAUCUGCUUUCCUGAGUGGCCCAAAAUUAGAAUUCAAAAGUGUCACCUUCUUUAGCUCCUAGGCAUUUUAACAAAACUGCAGAAUUUUCAUUACAAACUCCACGACUCCUCUUGCAAAGCUGAUAAGCUGCAUGGUCAGCACAAGCCCAGGGAGUCACCGGAAUUCGACUCGGCAACGAGUUAGGAGGCGAGGUCGGGGGGCACAGUGGUACGUGCCCAACACAAAAGAACCCGGUUAUCCCGGCGACCCCGUGAUGGUGAGUACACCAUGCUGUACUCACCAUCACGGUGAGUACAGCAUGGUGGAUAAAACGCAUCAAAUUGGAUGGGACAUCAUCGACAUUGAAGGGGGGCUAAAUUAGUUACAAUUGCGAUCAUUAUUACCGUACUUAUCAUUUAUGACGAUGCCUUUUCAGAUGAGACUCAAAAUACUGCUUAGAUUCGUCAUCUCAUUCCCAAGAGAAUUCUGGGGGUCCGGAAAUAUGCAGGCACGGUGGCCAACUUGAACUGCGACAGUGUGGAAUUCGGUAGACAUAUCGGCGUUUCCCCUUCUGACUUCACAAAUCAUCGCGAUGAUGCGACGUCAGGAUCGACCGAUCAGCUUUGUAAUGCACGGUGUCGUUUGUGUCAUCUCAUUUGUUCCAUCUAAAUCCGUUUGUCCUCUGAAAUUAGUUUCGUUAGCCUAAAUAUAAUUAGUAUAUUUGCAGGCGAAUACGAUAAUUGCAUGAAUCGUAUAACUAGUCGAUUCUUUCGCGCAUGGCUCGAUGCAUGCACCGCAAGGAGAAAUAUAUAUCGAUGAAUCGCUGCACAACAAAGUAAAGUUGCCAUCCUUAUCACACGAGAACAAAGAAACGAGUUGCACCCGUGGGUUUAAUUCACGUGUCCGCGGUGAGGCGGUUUCCCUCAGUGUGCCAGACAAGUGGGGCUCACCGACAAAUGAACAGCCGCCGCCUUCUGCCGUAUUGCCAGACGCCGCCUCUGCCGGCCGUGAUUGGGCCAAGCACUUUUUAUUUUGAUGAAACCGCCUUUUAUAUUUCACGUGGUGACAGUGAUUAGACAACAGUGGACAUCAUAACCCUGAGCCCUACUCGUCACUCGCCUGUAAACACUCAUUAAUUGGUCUAUCACACGUUGAUGUAUAGAGGAUAGCAGAGCUUGGGCAAUUGUUGGCAGCGCCGGCUAACCUCAUGACUGCUGCUGCUGCUGUUGCCUUCCCCCUUCCCGCUUGUCUGUGGUUCCUCCUCCCCGCACCCCGUGAGUCGUCCCCUGUCUUUCUCUCUCUCCCUGCGGGAGCGAGCGAACAGCGUGCGAUGGCAGUACAGCGUUCAAAGUUCGUUAAUGUCGUCGCUAUUAUUGUUGCCCGACAUUUGGACGGCACGAACGAGGAUGAGGAUGCGGUGUGACGGCCGAACGGCGCACGCGGUGCCGCGGAUCCAUCCGGCGAGCGUUCCUCCUCGUAGCGGCUGUUCGCACGUCUGUGCUGGUGAUCCUUCAGGCUCCACGUCGUAUCGUUCGUUCCGUUCAUUUGAGUUGCGCUUUAUUUUGUUCGUUUGCCGGAUGAAGGAAAAUAGUUGCCCCCCCCCUCUCCUCGAGAUGAAGACGCAGAAUUUCAUCGUCCGUUUUAAUCCACACAGGCGCACGACUGCGUAUUGCACGUGGUUAGGGGUUGGGGUUGUGCGUAUCUUGUAUAUAAGUCAACGUAACUGUCCUCUGCUGCUGAUCUUCGUAACAGGAUGAUGAUGAUGAUAGCGAUGUAGCCAGCCGGACGCUGGUGACCUUGCGUGCCGUGGAGCGGUGUGUCUUAAGUUAUUCACGCACAUUAUUUAUUGUCACGCAGUUUGCACGUGUGUGUGUGUGGUGUGCACGUGUGUGUGUGGUGUGUGUGUUGUGUGGUGUGUGUGGUGUGUGUGUGUGGUAUGUGUGGUGUGUGUGGUAUGUGUGGUGUGUGUGUGGUGUGCACGUGUGUGUGUGUGUGGUGUGCACGUGUGUGUGUGGUGUGCACGUGUGUGUGUGGUGUGCUUGUUGUGCACGUAUGUAUGUGGUGUGUGUGUGUGGUGUCCACGUGUGUGUGGUGUGCACGUGUGUGUGGUGUGCACGUGUGUGGUGUGCACGUGUGUGUUUGUGUGUGGUGUGCGUGUGUGUGUGUGGUGUGUCCACGUGCGGUGGAGUGAGUGUCACGUCUGCUGUGUUGUUUUGUUGGGAGCGGUUGGAUCGGUGGUUCGUGCCCGCGGCGAACCGAGUUCGAUUCCAGGCGCAUGGCCAAUGUCAGUGGCGAUUAUCCCCACUGGUUCAGGCCCUCCCCUAGGUCGACUUGAGUGGCUGCUGCGGCGUUCUUACCGCUGGGGAGACAAAGACGGCCGAGCCUGGUGCUCGCUAACAACAUUUGCGUCAACAACCUGCGCAGGCUAUAGGAGGGAACUUUGUCUUGUCGUGUUGUAUGUGUGCGCAUGCAUGUGCGUGUGUGCGCGUGUAUGUAUGUGCCGAUGAUUGGUGCCCAGAUUGACCUCUGCGGAGGAGGCUCGUGAAUGACGCUGCUGCUACUGGGCAGAGCAGCGAGGCUCACAACAACGAGCGGAGCGCCGGGUGGAUAAAACGCAUCAAAUUGGCACUGUGGAGCACGGGUGGUUCAUCAUCUGCCAGUCAUCUCAGUCGAUCAACCCAUGGCACCUGGGUCUGUCGAAUGACCUGUCGGCAAGCCUCCGACACUGCACCUAGCCUGGCACAAGCGCCGUGGUGACACCACCGUCACUUCGUAGUCAAUGGCUUGUAUGCGUGUGUGUUUUUAUAUAUUUGUGUAUUUGUGUGUGUACAUAUGCUUGUGUACGUAUGCUUGUGUGUGCAUGGCCAUGUAUGUGUACUUGCAUGUAUAUAUGUAACCAUAUGUUUGAGUAUUUAUUUGUGUAGAAUAUCAUGUAAAUACACGACUUCAUGUGUAUUCACGUGCAUGUAUAUAUGUACAGUGUGUAUAUAACGCCGCCACCCACGGUCAACUUGCGAAUGUUAAGCCAACGUUGGGAUGUAGUUGGAACCGCUGGGUAAUCGAUGGCCGAAUAUUCCAUCUUUACAGAGCAUCAGCACUGCGCGAAGUUUCAUGGACACACGCACUUGUAGAGUUCUGUAUUGUGUGUGUGUGUGCAGUUGAGGUUGUGUAUGAUCUGUGUACAUGCGUAUGUAUUAGGGCUGUAACGAUAAAUUCCCUGGCAAUUUGAUUAAUUGUCGCGAUUCAGGGUGAUGAUUAAUGACACUGUUAGCAUAGUAAACAGCGUAAGGCAGUCGGGUUGAUUGAUGCACUGAUCCACUCCACAGUCGCCUACUUAUCACUCGAUUAUCGCUACUACCGUGAACUUCAACAAAGGAGAUGUCAUCUGGUUCAACAAAAUAAACUUUGACUUGUU